AACAGACAGUAUGGCUGCGGCCCGCGGUCUGGGUGUCCUGCAGGGAUGCAGCGUCCGCUGGGCGGUUGCUUACUUUGCCCGGUUGGGUCAGGGCUUGGUGGCCGGUGGGUCGGGGCAGCGAAUGGGUUCGGCAUCGUGGCGUCGCUGCUGGGCUUCCUCGAGUGCUGGGGCAGGCCUCAGCAGGAGCUACGGUUCGGAGGCAAAAGGCGAGGAGGAGCUGAGGGUCCGAUACCUGGAGGAGGAAAAUAAAGGAAUUGUGGUGCUUGGAAUAAACCGAUCUUAUGCCAAAAAUGCACUCAGUAAAAAUCUCAUAAAAAUGCUAUCAAAAGCUGUGGAUGCUUUGAAAUCUGAUAAGAAAGUGCGGACUAUUAUAGUCAGGAGUGAAGUCCCUGGAAUAUUCUGUGCUGGUGCUGACCUUAAGGAAAGAACACAGAUGAAUGUGAAUGAAGUUAGUUCUUUUGUCUCCAAAUCAAGAGCAGUAAUUAAUGAAAUAGCUAAUCUUCCAGUGCCAACUAUUGCAGCAAUAGAUGGGAUCGCAUUGGGUGGUGGCCUGGAGUUGGCUUUAGCAUGUGACAUAAGAGUAGCAGCCUCUUCUGCUAAAAUGGGAUUGGUCGAAACAAAAUUAGCCAUCAUUCCUGGUGCAGGAGGAACACAGAGAUUACCUCGUGCCAUUGGCAUGUCUCUGGCAAAGGAAAUGAUCUUCUCUGCUCGUGUAUUAGAUGGCCAGGAAGCAAAAUCAAUAGGAUUGAUCAGCCAUGUUUUAGAACAAAAUGAAAAAGGGGAUGCUGCCUACAGAAAGGCAUUAGCCCUAGCAGGAGAAUUUUUACCUCAGGGGCCUGUAGCAAUGAGAGUGGCAAAGCUAGCCAUCAACCAAGGCAUGGAGGUGGACUUAAUCACAGGUUUAGCAAUAGAAGAAGCCUGUUAUGCUCAGACUAUUUCAACCAAAGACAGACUUGAAGGUCUUCUGGCUUUUAAAGAAAAAAGGCCCCCUCGUUACAAAGGAGAAUAAAACACAUAGAAGCUUUGUCAUUCAAAUGUGGUCUCCCUACUUCUAGAAGUACCUUUGUGGUAUAUCUUGCAAGGUAAAUGGACUUAUAACCACCAAAAUGAAAAGCAGCCUACUUAUAGAAUGCAUUAAACAUCUGGAAUGUGCUCAACCACGUACUUCAUUUAAGUACAUACACUGUUACAUUCAUCCUCGUUCAUGAAAAUAGCUAUAUGUACUGACUCAAAGCCAGGUUGUUGGUUUUUUUUUUUCAUUUCAUGUGUUAUUAGGUAUCCCAUUCCUAAUUUUUAAAAUGUGAAUAAUUGCUAUAGAUCAAGCCUAAGAAAUAAUGUUAAAAUUAUGUGUGUCAUACUGCAUUGAAAAAAAUAAAGGUGAACUUCUGAACACCAAAAACGUGAGGUAUACCAAAUAAAGUUUUAAAGGAUUACAUAGGAGUUUUCAUAUACAUGUGUUAAUGCACACAUACAGCUCAGAAAGAAAUUAAAAGAUAAUUGCAAGUUGUAAAAUACAAAUAAAUUUAGUGAAAUGAAGCUAUAUUUGCUUAUAAAUUA